AUGUCAUGCUAUGUCGAUACGAUCAUAAAGAUUAAUCAAGUUCGUCAGUCUGUUAAAGAGGAAUCUAAUUUAACUCAUGUAUGGGCGAUUGGCGUUUAUCCUGUUGAGAGUGAAGAUCAUGAAAUUGAGAUGGUCUUGUUCGUCCCUAUAGAUGAUCAUGAUAGGGAUCCUAAUACGCAAUCUGUUUUUGUUAAAAACGAGUAUUUUAGUGUUGGUGGGAAGAUGACUGUUGCGUCAUCUAUGCAUCUUACAAUUAGAAGAGAUCCUGGUUCAAACAGGUGUCCACUAAAAGUUUCAUUGGUUGGUGCUAUUCAAGAUGCAGCACAAGAAGUUGAUGAUGAAAAUGCGAUUAUUAAAGUGUCUGUGAAGGAUUAUGUUGGUCAGAAUGAUAGCUUUAUCGUUAAGGUUGUAUUUCUAUAUCGUAAUAAUCGGUUUAAACAUUUGACGAAUUCUAUUAGAUCAGAUGUUUCAGUACUUUUUGUUAUAGGGCAGAUGGAGGUUAUUCAGAGAGAUUUAUACGUGUAUGCUAUUGAGACCUCUUUUGUUAAUGCUUAUUUUGUGGAUAAAAAUAAAGGUUCCAGUUCAAAUUCACAAUCUACUUCGGGAUUAUACAAGUCAGUUCGAUCAAGACUUUUAUCUGCUCAUCAAAAUGUUAGUGGAAAAUUUUCCAAAACUUCUAUUAAAAAUAAUAGUAAAUGUGCGAAGAUAAAUCAAACUACAAUUGAUCUGUCUACUUCUGUUAAUCGAUCAACUGUUUUUGGUUCUUGUUCAUCUAAACAUAUUAAGAUUGAAGAUAAAGAUCCCGAACAUGUGAGUUCGGAUUAUAUUGAGGAUGAAUGCUUAGUUAAGGACAAUAAGGUGUAUGUUGAUGAAGGUAAUAAAUUAGUCGGAUGUGUUAUUAAUGAAAAUGUGAAGAAAAAUUGUUCAGAGGAAGGUGAUGGAUCUGGUGGAAUGCUAUUAAUAUGA